AUUGACAUUAAUGUGGGCGUGCUACUUGGCAAUUUAAACCCAUAAGGGCUUAAAGCAAGGAGAUCCCCUAUGUAUCGGAAUCCUGGAAUCCUGCUUCUCUCUACCAACAUGCAACCAAAGGAGGUUACCACCUCCGGUUCGUCAGCUCAGGAGCAAGAUCUCCUAGCUCGAAGUGUCAAAAAAAUUAAAGAUGGGAAUUCUGGCCCCUCAAUUUUAUUGAUUGGCAAUUAUACGGAAGCUCAAAUGACAGAGGCCUCUGCUCAGAUGAUUCCUGAAAAUCAUCCAAGCAAUCAAGAUAAGGGGAAUAUUCUGAGAUCAUCUUCUUCAACAGAUCUCGCCUCUGACAUCCAAAUGUUUGAUGGGGGUCAACCCUCCUAUAAGGAGAAACUUACUGGAAUGACAGACCCUGUGGCCCUCACAUUCUCAACCAUCCCGGACUACAUGGAUGAGGAAUCGGAUAUCGAUGAUGAUCCCGAUGAUGAUACACCGAUUGUUCUAUUAUCCAAAGCUGAAAAACAAAGAAUCAGAUCCCCAUGGAUUAAUGCCUUAAUUAUUAAAGCUUUCUGUAAAAAAACCUUGGGUUAUAACUAUUUAUUUCCCAGAAUCAGAGCUCAAUGGAAUCCCACUGGGCAUUGGGAUUUUAUAGAUCUUGGUCUUGAUUUCUUCUUGGUGAUUGUUUCCAAAUAUAACAUUGGUAGUAGACCAGGGACACUUCCUGCACAUGGCUCGCCUAUUCUAAGAUAUAUUCGGAAAGGGAAUCCUCUUUUUUUACAAGGCAUUAAAUGGAUCCCAGCUGAUGGUAGUGACAUCCUGUUCUGGUUUGACUGUUGGGCUUUUGACUAUCCUCUCGUCUCCAAGUUCUAUGGACCCCUCCUCUCGAAUGACGUGAAUCUCACACUUGCAGAUGUCUUCCCACAAGGCAAGCUUAAUCUUGAUAUUAUAUCUCAGCCCUUGGACAAAGACACGUUAGAAACCAUCAAGGCUACCCCAUUUUCUUUCUCUCGUCAUGGAGGGGACUCUUUUGCUUGGAAGGGUUCAUCUAAUGGUCAGUUCUCUUCUACGGUAGCAUAUAAAAUUGCUAAGAAUAUUUCCCUAUCCUGUAAGGGAAAUUGGCAGUGGAUUUGGAAGUUACAUGCUCUUCCAAAAAUUCAGAACUUCAUUUGGCUUCUUUGUCACCAACGCUUGAAGACUUUUGAAUAUUUACAUUGUAUUGGCAUCCUUGAUAACUCAUUAUGUCCAUUAUGCUCUAAUACUUAUGAGUCUUGUUCUCACCUCAUGAGUUCCUGUCCGCAAGUCCUCCCGAUUUGGAAUUAUUUCUUCAAAGAUGAUUUUCAACUUCCCCAGAAUGAUACUUCUUUCUUUGACUGGAUUCAGAGGAACUGUACAAAAAAGAGCUACUCCCCUACUAUUCCUGCUCCGUGGGGUUCUCUUUUUUGCUUUGUUCUCUGGACAAUCUGGAUUCACAGGAACAAAAAAGUUUAUUGUGAUCAAGAUUUUGAUCCCCACGUUAUUUUUCGGUUUAUUAGAGAAAGGAUCUUUGAAUUCCUAUCUGUUCUCCCUAGUCCCAAAUUUGGCAGUCAUUCUUCAACACAAAAACUUGUUAAAUGGGACAAACCACCGGCAGGCUCCUUUAAACUUAACACUGAUGGCUCAGUCAUCAAUAAUCCAGGUCCAGCCACCUCUGGAGGCCUUAUUCGUGACCAUAGAGGACGUUGGAUUAGAGGCUUCUCUAGGAAGAUUGGUAUUGCUUCAAGCCUUGCUGCUGAAAUCUGGGGAAUUCGGGAUGGUCUUCUUUUGGCUAAACAACUUGAUAUUCAAUCCUUAAUUGUUGAAGUGGAUUCCUUUAUUGCCUUUCAGUUACUCUCCAUUGGGACUGACCACCAUCACCCUCUAUGUUCUCUCAUUUCUGAUUGUAGGGCCCUUGUGGUGGAUCUUCUGCACGUCCACUUGCAGCAUGUUUACAGAGAGGGCAAUAUGUGUGCUGAUCGUCUUGCUGCUAUGGCUCAUUCCCAGCAGGAAGAUUUUGUCAUUUUAGAGGGUUGCCCCUCAACCCUUUUUAUGUAUCUCUAUGCUGAUAUGUUGGGAUCCAUGAGAUCCCCUAUGUAUCGGAAUCCUGGAAUCCUGCUUCUCUCUACCAACAUGCAACCAAAGGAGGUUACCACCUCCGGUUCGUCAGCUCAGGAGCAAGAUCUCCUAGCUCGAAGUGUCAAAAAAAUUAAAGAUGGGAAUUCUGGCCCCUCAAUUUUAUUGAUUGGCAAUUAUACGGAAGCUCAAAUGACAGAGGCCUCUGCUCAGAUGAUUCCUGAAAAUCAUCCAAGCAAUCAAGAUAAGGGGAAUAUUCUGAGAUCAUCUUCUUCAACAGAUCUCGCCUCUGACAUCCAAAUGUUUGAUGGGGGUCAACCCUCCUAUAAGGAGAAACUUACUGGAAUGACAGACCCUGUGGCCCUCACAUUCUCAACCAUCCCGGACUACAUGGAUGAGGAAUCGGAUAUCGAUGAUGAUCCCGAUGAUGAUACACCGAUUGUUCUAUUAUCCAAAGCUGAAAAACAAAGAAUCAGAUCCCCAUGGAUUAAUGCCUUAAUUAUUAAAGCUUUCUGUAAAAAAACCUUGGGUUAUAACUAUUUAUUUCCCAGAAUCAGAGCUCAAUGGAAUCCCACUGGGCAUUGGGAUUUUAUAGAUCUUGGUCUUGAUUUCUUCUUGGUUCGCUUUCAGGAUGAAGCAGAUCUACAUAAAGUGAUCUUUGGAGGUCCCUGGUUCGUUGGUCCUUACUUCCUCACUAUGCGCAGAUGGGAACCAAAUUUUGUCCCAUCUGAGGCACUCCAAUCAUUCACCACUACUGCAGUUUGGGCUCAACUGCCAAACUUAUCGGCAGAUUAUUAUGACCCUUCUACACUUAAAAAAAUUGGAAACAAGGUUGGUAACUUGCUUCGAGUUGAUGCUCACACAGAACACCAUACUCGGGGACAGUAUGCGAGAAUCUGUGUUCAAGUUGAUCUCUCAAAACUAGUGGUUAAACAAGUCUGUAUCGGUAGACAUCGACAAAAGGUUCUUUAUGAGGGCGUUAAUGCCCUGUGUUUUAAUUGUGGACGGAUUGGCCAUCGAAACAUACACUGCACUCAUUCUCCAACACCAGUUCAAUCUUCUAAUUUAUCUCCUCCAUUGAUUGCUAAGCCUUCAAAUGUGGGGAUUACCACUGCCACUAAUCAAGACCCACAAGGUACAGAGACUGAACAAGCCCAGGAUAUAAAUAGUCCUACCAAUCAGAGCCACAAAGGGAAAGCUACAACCAUCCCACAGGAUCAAGCUCAAUCGAGUCAGGGAGACUAUGGCCCUUGGUUACUUGUAGAAAGAAGACGACCAAGACGGCGCCAAGCUGCUUUCACAGAACAAUCAGAGAAAGGAACCGCCGGAAUUAGGCAUCAGAAGGACUCUCGUAAGCCCGAAGUGCCCACCCGUAAACUCGGCUCCAAGAUUCACCAAUCCCAAGAUACCAACGGUACUACUGCUUCCUCAUUAAUUAUGGGACAGAAGUCCAAUGCCUUCUCCUCAACGGCUCCUCCUAGUCAACAUCAACACAAUGGAAAACCAAGUAGUUCAAAUACCAAACCACAAGUUCGAGAUAACCAAAAUCCUCUCAAGACCCAAAUGAAAAUGGCACCAUGGAACAAUGGGUCCAGACCUAACAACCUACCAACAGGGCCAUCUAAAUCUGUGCCUUUCAACCUCUCGGCAAAUCCAAGCCCAAAGGCCAUUUUGGAUAAUAGGGUCAUGGAAAGCCCACCCUCAAUUGUUGAUGGUUUCUCUCUCCAUUCAUCUCCACCCACUGAUUCGCUCAUUCCUUCCCCUUUUUCUUCUACUGACCCUAAUCCCAUCUUACCCUUGAUCCCUACUUCCAUCGAGGGACCAUCUGAACCUCUAAUUCUUGAUCCUGGAUUGCAACCACCAGAUAAUCCUAAAGGGCAAUGUGAAGAGCCUCCAGAUAUUAGAGGUAAUCAACCUAUUGCUACAUCUAGAUUCCUACAGAUCCAAUUUGGGGAACAAGUUCAAAGUUUGUCGAGCAUGGAGAAUCCCGCUCACCCUCCACAAAAAGAUGAGCAUCCACAGCUUACUCCUUCUUUUCCUUAUGAAGAACAGAGGAACUCUAAGGGAAAUGGUUCUUCGCUCCGUAUUGGAUCUAAUCCCCAACGUCGUAGGCACUACCAUCGGCGAGUUAGAGGGCCAUAUCAAACCACCAGUGUUAGAGAGCAAACAGAACCUUCUGCACUAUCAGUGCAUGCAAUUCAGGGAGAUCGCGACAUCAACCUAUCUUCGCAACUACCAGCAGGACAGAAUGAUGGACUCCCUCAACAAGGAUUUCACAAUUCUAAUCCUACCAUUCCACCUUCCCACAGCUCAAAUGGUAAUGAAAAUGCUAACGGGCGUCAUGUUAUGGAUCUGAAAUCUACCCAUUCUCCUAGUAUUAUGCUUAUUAUGGAGACUAAGCUUGCUGGUGAUAGAGCUUCUAACAUAGCCUCUUCCCUAUUUCCAUGCUACCAUGUGAUUGAUGCGGAUGGGCUUGCUGGUGGUAUAUGGCUUCUCUGGGAUGAUACUCGGGUGUCUAUUGAUAUUAUUGCUACCAAUCCCCAAGCUAUUCAUGCUAUCAUUAAGGUUAGUAACCAUCCUAUUUUUUCUGAGUUUAAUUGGUUCUUUUCUGGUGUUUAUGGCAGGCCUCAACAAGAGAUUCGUUCUUAUCUUUGGCAAGAGCUUUCUUCUCUUGUUUCCCACUUUACUGGGCCUUGGGUCAUUGCUGGUGAUUUUAAUGAUGUUCUUUCUCAAUCCGAAAAGUUUGGAGGUGGUCCUAUUAAUCAAAAACGCGUCCAAGCCUAUUCUUCAUGUAUGAAUUCUUGUAAUAUGAUGGACAUGGGCUUUGUUGGGGGGCGGUUUACUUGGACUAACAUGCAAUCUAAUGGAAAUAUCAUCCGUGAACGUCUCGACAGAUUUUGGUGCAACCCAGAAUGGAAAAUCUGUUUUCCUGAAGCCACAGUUUACCAUCUUCCUAGGGUGCACUCGGAUCAUAAUCCCGUACUCUUGAAUCUCGACCCUGGUCAUCCUUCAAUUGGCAAACGCCCUUUUCGAAUGGAGAAAUUUUGGGUGGACCAUCCUGAAUUUCAAUGUCUUGUUCGCAACACUUGGAAUUUUGCUGAUGCCACAACAGUUCAAUGUGUAUCUUCUACUAUGCAGAAGGCUAAGGUUUGGAGUCAUGUCACUUUUGGGAACCUAUUUAAAAGGAAGAAGAGAAUUCUUGCUAGAUUAGAUGGUAUUCAUAGGUUCCUCUCCUCUCAACAUAGUAAUUUCCUCACUACUUUGGAAAAGAACCUUACCAAUGAAUAUUUGGACAUUCUUAAGUUGGAGGAAGACCUCUGGUUUAUGAAAGCUAGAACCAACUGGCUUGUUGAUGGUGACAAAAACUCUCGAUUCUUUCAUGUCACUGCCCUCAAGCAUAGGUCCCAAAAUAAAAUUCAUGCACUUAAGGAUUCAACUGGGAAUUGGUUAUGGAACUUGGAAGAUAUUAAGGUGUUGUGCAGAGACUAUUUUAAAGACCUUUUCACUUCAUCCCUUUGUUAUUCCUUCUCUGAUUCCUACCAAGUGGCUGACUUAUCUGGGAAUCCCUCCAAUCCUCCUCUGGCUGACUUGGCUAACCUUCCUUCUGAACAGGAGAUUUGGAACGCCCUCCAUUGUAUCAAACCCUUUAAAGCUCCUGGGCCAGAUGGUGUUCACCCCUUUUUUUAUCAGAAAUUUUGGGAUAUUGUGAAAGCUAAGAUAUGCCCUGAAAUUAUUCAAGCCUUUGCUACUGGGACCAUUCCAAUGGGCUGGAAUGAGUGCCUCUUAGCUUUAAUCCCCAAAAAUCAAGCCUUUUAUGGACAGCUUAGUCUCCCCAUGCCAAGCUAGCUUUAUCCCUGGUAGAAGGAGCUCGGAUAAUGUCAUCAUUCUUCAAGAAGUUGUGUAUGCUUUCAGUAAACGUGCUGGUCGUGA